UGCAAUGAAGUGAAAAAAGUCUCUUCUCUCUCUUGUCCAUUUCUUACCUGCCUAAUCAGUUUUCGUAGACUGCAUAAUUUUGAUAAGGCCGAAAUUCUUGAGGCAAUUUUACUUAAAAGGUGUGAUAGAGAUUGUGAUGUAGAUCGUAAUUAACUUUAGAAUUAAUUGAUAAGCUCACUCCUUCAUUCAAGACUGAUAAAAAUCUGACACCUAACAGAGAAUGCUUGACUCUGAAGAUGAAGAUGCUAAUUCAGAUUUGGACAAGAGAAAACACCCUUACUCCACCAUCAAUCGGAGCGUGCCAAAAGCAUGUUUUAUACGGGAGAAUGGAUCUCGAUCUCAAGGUGCUAAAGUUGCUAAAGAGUUUGAAUGGGCAGCGGAAGACAUUUUUGUUCAGAAGAGUCUCAAUGAACAUAAAUUUGAGUUACCCGAAAAUGCUAGGUCUACUUUUCUGAUGGUCUUCAGUCCUGAUGGGAAAAUUGUGGCGUCAACCCAUGGUAACCACUCUAUUUAUGUAACUGAUGUGAGAACUUGCAAAACAAUCCGAACAUUAAAUGGUCAUCCCAGAACACCAUGGUGUAUAGCGUUUCACCCAUCAUCAAAUCAGAUCCUAGCCUCUGGAUGCCUUGGAGGCGAAGUACGUGUCUGGGAUCUUCAUGGAGGAAGUGAAGUUUGGACAUCUGACUGCCACACUGUGAUAGCAUCUCUUGCUUUCCAUCCUAUUGAACGGGUGCUUGUCAUUGCAACUUACAAUGAACUUUACUUCUGGGACUGGAAUGAAAGAGUGCCUUUUGCCAAAUGUCGCACUGGACAUGAGAAAGAAAAAAUCAGAUAUGUUGCAUUUGAUCAUCUUGGUCAAAAACUCAUCACCGGCAUAGCAAAUGUAUCUCCUCUUCAAUCCCAGUGGGACCGAAUAGCUAAUCCAACGCAGAAUGACACGGAGGAUUGUUUAAGGAGAAUGCUCAGUGAGAGACAGAGUCAACCUACUCCUGCUCCGCGUGAAAGUUUUGGUUUUAGUAGUAUGUUUGAUGAUUCACUAUCAUCCUCAUUUCUGGCAGACCGACUUAGCUGGCAUACGUCACCGCGCCGGCAAGCAGCGUGGGAAGCGCGGCGGCUCCAAAUUCAAGAGGCCUUUAGGAGCCCAAGGCAUAAUCUGCGACCACUUAACGUACGUAGACUCGGUUCACCCGUAGAUCAUCUACGCAGAGCUUUCUUUAAUUCUAACAAUUUGAACACACGAGAAAGAGACAGAACCGCCGUCGAAAACUACCUGCUUGGCAACCGAGACUUCACAUUUAAUGAUUUUAUCUCGGUCGUGAGGAGUCAGUCGGAGCGGAACCAGUUUGAUGGUGACCAUAGUUAUUCAGAAAGUGAGCAGGCUGGUUCGGUAGAGUAUUGGAGGAUUUUGCUUGAUUUUUUUUUCGAUGAGCAAGGUGAGUAUGGUUGGAACGAAAGGGAUGAGUCCCUCUUUACUGACCACGAUUACUCAGUAAGCCGUGAAACGUUUGCUCGCAGUCGACAUAGCUGGUGGAGCAGGAACUUUGAUGAGGAACUGCCAAUGAACAGCACUGCUGAACGUCAACCGAGGAGAAAUGGUCCGCGUUGGACCAGAGCACCCUUACCAACCAGAGCACCCUUACGGCCAUUGAGGUCAGAACGAACUAGGACCAACUCUGCCGGGAACGAAGUCAUGACUCCUGGUGGCGCUCAAAGCGCAUCUUUUAUUAGAGACGUGUCUCGUCUGCAAUCUCGUUUGAGACGUCUUCAAAGGUCGCUCACCUACCUAGAGACCAGAAGAGCUUUGAGCCAAAUCAAUGUCAGAUCUGAUUCAUCCUCCGCAAGUUCAGUACCAAGUAACAGAAUGCAGGGUUUGGCCCCCUUAGUACUUCAGCCAUUGUCCGAUGACCAGCAACUCAGAAUCGUUACUUCGUCUUCAAACUUACUUCGUCUUAGAAUGGGAAUAAAUAACCUGCAGCGCCAAAUUAGUCGUAGUCGCAUUACAACUCGUCUCCUGUUACCUUCGACGAGACAGAGACUCCAAGAGGUGCUGCAGAGGCUACAUACAAGACUUUCCCGUUUUCAAACUUUGACAGACGACCCACCUCUGCAGUCAUCUCUGUCAUCAAUAAACUUCAAUUCACGGGUUAACGGUGAUAUGGGCGGUGCGAGCAGCAGCCACUGGGGUCCCGGAACGUUGAGCAGUGCCUUCAGCUCUGAUCUGCAAGAGGGACCAUCACGAGUGCCUUCCUCAAUAGAGUUCCUUUCUGGCGAACAGAGCACGUCUCGCACAAACGCCGAAGAAGAUUCUUCAAGAGAUGGUCCCUCCUCAAGUAGACGUCUGUGGCCAGGAGCGCAUUAUAGAUCUAAAAUGAGAAGUGGGGAGUCUGCUAGGCGAAGGUAUUUUGAGGAGCGAAUUAAAUCGUUGAGACAGUUAUCGGAUGCAAAUCGUAGUUCUAAUUCAGCAUCAGAUUCAAGUCAAGAACCAAGAGCUUUCCAACGCUACACUCACUCACCAAAACCUUCUUGCAGUAACAUAAAUGAUGCAGGGAACAACGACCAGCAUCCAAAAGCAGAUUCAUCUGACAGGAAACAACUCAGCUACUUUGAAAAGUUAAAAGCAAAAUUUGCGCAGCUGUCACGGCAAAUCAAAGAACAGUGCUCUACCAGCACAGAAUUCACAUCCAACCAUUGGCAGCCAAGUUCCUCAACCCAACCCAAUGAAACACCAUCAAACAACAACGAUUCCAACCCAUCAAAUAGAGUGUCACCAGCUGAGGGUAAUGAAACCAGUCAUGUUGGCAGUAGUGACACAUCUGCAGACUUGAGUGAAAGAAUCAAUAAUAUCGUUUCAAAUAUCCGUAGAGUCGGUAGUUCGCUUAGUCGAAGCAUGAGCUGUGAAUUUGAUGCAGGGAGCUCUAAGAUUGAACCGCGGAGAAAGUCAGACUCAGGAGUGAGCGGUGAGAGUCCAGAAAAGAACUCUGAAGGUUCAGUCGACAGAGGACAAAACAAUAGUCAGAUUCCAGACUCCACCAGUGUUGGGAGUAGUCUUAACCGUCUAAAUUCAGAAGACUCACCUGAGGUUAGAGGAAGCAGCUAUAAAACUUCAAGUCCCUCCAAUAGCAGGAGUUUUGAUAGAGUGAAUUUGGAAGGUUCGUCAGGAACCAGUUCGUUUGGCGCUGAUAAUGAGUUAAGACCUGCAUUUGUGACUGCUUCUAGCUUGCUUGGGUCGCUGAAGCAGAGUAGUUCUCUGUCCAGCUCAUCCACAUCGUCGAAUGAAUCUUGGCAGGGUCCAGUGAGUGAAGUAGGAACAACAGCAGGUGCAACACCCACUAUAGAACUUGGAACAACAAGUCCUUCGCAAGAAACAAGAAGGAUAGGCUUGAAAAGGAAGCUGGAUUCCAUUGUGUCCUCUGCACGCAUCGCAUUACAAUCACGCACAGUGUCACCUUUAAGUUCAACAUGUGAUCUGAGACCUGAUCUAGUCACACCCUCACCUGGGUCAAGAGCGGACCUCGCAUCGAACGACCUAUUUCUCACAUCUAGUUCAAGCUCCUCCUCUUCAGACUCUAGCUCAACUUCCAGUUCUGAUUCUGAUAGUCAAGAUCCAACAUACGAUUCCCUGCAAAACUUGUUUAGAGUACUGAAACAAAGGACAGAUUCAAUAAAUAGAUCUUUCAGAAAUCAAAUCAACUAUGCUCCUCAGAUUGAUCCACCCACUUCUGCUGCUGCUCGUCUGCAGGCUACACUAUCGGACUCAAGUAGAUACAUGGAAAGCCUGUUUGGAGGCCCCUCUGGAAAUGUUGAUGGUUCUAGUCCUCCAGAAAACAGACCAGCUCUGGAUAUUGGAGCUGAAAUUCGAACUCAUAUUCAAUUAUUUCAAGAUGCAUUAAGCAGGCUGUCACAGGCCAGAAGCAACGAAGAACGUGUAGCGGGUGUUCCUGUUUUGCAGAAAAUUCUGAGGCUAUUGUUUUACCUCAUAGAUCUUUGGCUCGGACAGUUAGGGUAUCAACCUGAAGGGAGUGAAACUGGGCAAAGUAGUAGUGUGAAUGCAAGUAGACUGGCAGCACGAGAGCGAAUACUCUCGAUAGAGCUAGCUAGUGAGACAUCCCUUCCACCGACACCACUUCAGGAGAGGGAGCCCGAGAGAUUGUCAAAUGGGUUGUCAGAGACUAGUAACAGAAAUGAUGAACGCCCACCUGCUGAAAAUAGAAGGUCACAUCCAAGAGCGUUUGCCCGGAGAAGAAGAGAUCUUAUGAGGAACCAUCGCUUGUUAUGGUUAAGGGAAAGACUACGUUGCGUCAACGCCAAUCAGCGUAGAAGGCAAUUAGCUGAAAGCAUUGAUGCGCGACGCCAGGAAAUCAGAAGUAGACUGAACGAGAGCCGCAGGCGAUUGACUGAAAGGAUGGGUGAGCAUCAUCGACAAUUGGGGGAGAGAGAAGAACGUCGACAGCAGUUGAGUGACAGAUUAGAGGAGGGUCGACGACAGUUAAGCGAAAGAUUAGAGGAGAGUCAACGGUUGUUAAAUGAGAGGCUAGACGAAAGUAGGCGGCAGUUGAACGAGAGAAUGUUUGAACAAAGGCGACAAAUGAGAGACAGUAUGGAUCAAGUACAAAGAAGAGCGCAGGCAAUGAGAGAUGCAAUUAGACGGACACAAUGCAUACGUGAUCCAGAAGACUGGCGAAGAGAGAGAAGAGAAGAUCUGCGCAGGCUAUGCCAAACCACCAUGCAAGCUCAUUCUGGGCUAAGAUCCUUGGUGGCAGCAAUCGAACGAGGUCAUGAGACAUCCACAGUAUCAUCCGCAGAGCUGUUCAGAGGUGAUGAAAGAAGCAACUCUAAUCUUAGUAAUAGGGACAGUCAAUCAACUAGUCAGCAACCAUCAGUGCCCUUCCGACUGUUAGAUCCUAUUCUGCAACAGUUUAACAAUUCAAGACCAUCUUCCGUUUCUCCACAACAACGAGAUCACAAUCCCUUUCCUCCUCAUAACUCAACGACCAGUGGUUUACAAAGACCAAUCCUCUGUGUUCCUUUAGUCCGCGUCAAUGAUCAACCAGUCAAUCUGCCAGCUGAGGCAAAUGAGCCCUCACAACGGAAUCGUACCAGAUCUCCACCGCUCUACUUUGACCAUCGUCCAAUAGGCGAUGAUGGUGAUAGUCUCGGUCCAGAAGACUCCAGACGUUUUUUGGGACGCAAUUUUAUUAACUCCUUGUUGGAUGAUCCAGGCCUCUUACCGGAUUCGCCGAGAAGUUAUUUUACCAGAAGAACGAUUCCAAAUGAAUUGCGAGUCUCUCUCCAUCAUCGAAUUCAGGCUUGGGAUUUUUCUAAGUGGACUCCUUGGUCAGCCCUUGACAUCAAGAACCCACACAAGAAUCUAGUUGUAGCUGAUUGUAAAAUUUACAAUGACGCAAGUGUAGAUAUAUCCUCGGAUAGCAGUUUACUAGUGACUCUUCUUCCCUCUAGCCGCUUUGGUUUCACGUGUAUGCUAGGAAUAUACAGCCUUGAGUGGGAAACACUAGGUCAGCGCCUAUAUCAAGUUAGUUUCGAGCAGAAUGCUGUUUCUGUUAGUCUUUCACCAACCUGCCGCUAUCUUGUUGUGGGGCUCUCGGCACGCCGCCGCAUUUCACUGGGAACUGAGACUGACACAAUCGCCCAAAUCCUACAGCUGGAUGGGGGAGUGCCCUCAAAGCACAAUAGUUCUCCACAGAGGGGAAAGUUGACCAAAGUUAGGGGCCUUGAGCUUUACCGAGAACUGAGCUCCAUGAGUCUGAAUUGUAUACGCUGGGCCCCUACGCCAGGCCAAGGAAUCGUCUGCGGCACCAACACUGGUCAACUUACGUUUCUCAGAUAGACAAGAGUGAACAAUUCAUGCUCAGAUGUGACCGUCCAUGGACAAAGGCGCCUACUGUUAGAAGCAAAUUAUUCAGGACAGUGAUUUUUGUACAGCCUAGUCAAAGAAUCAAACUUUUGAGUAUCUAUAAAAAAAUUGCUCACUGAUAUUCCAAAGAAUGAGUUUCAAGCAGUCAAGUACACUUUUGUGGCAACAAACAAUUUUCAUUUCAAUCAGACUACUCUGAGCGUCGAGCAUGACUGAUUGAAACUUUCAGUAACUUUUUUUCACUUUUUGAAUCAAGUAACUUUCAAACCAUCAUAUCUAUGGUUCGAUCCAACAUUCAUUUUGGGAACUUUUGGUAUAAAAAUAUUCGUAGAACACCCGCUAAAUUUCAAUCCAGAGUUGCUCGACACUUAGGUCCUUCUUAUUAUGGACGGUCACAAAAAAUGAAAGAUCUCAGUGUUUUCUUUAAGUCUGUAUCCUUCAAUUUAGAAAGCAGUCAUAACUUUCCAAAUUUGCAGACCCCCCCAGGAUUGUUAUGCAUCUUUCUCUCAAUGAGGGUGAAAAUCAGAAAAUGAAGACUUAUCUUUGGCAGGAUCUCAUUGAACGAUCAGUUUUCAGGUUUUCUCUGAAGCAGCAAGAGAGCUUUUUUUUAGAUGUUGAUAAUAGAUGAUGAAUAAUGUUGAUUACUGAUGCUAUUACAGCAACCCACUAGACAGGGUCUGAAUUUAAGCAUUAUGUCUUGUGCUUUUUCACAGUGUGAAUUUCUUGAAUAAAUCCCAUACGUUUUUAUUCAACAUUAGUUUUUAAAAAUUCGUGUCUGCCUUACAAGAAAUAUAAAAUUUAUGCCAGUCAAACUGGCCAUUGAGGAUGAAUUUACAUGUUUAAUUAUUAUUUUCAUCAGUUUUUCACAAAAUUUUCUUCCUUUUUUGAUGUGGUGUACUUCUAGUAUGCAGAAGGGUAUUUAAUAUAUUUUCCUAUACUCUUUAACGGACCACUAGGCAAGUUACGAAUUUAAGUUUUAUAAUUCAUGUUUCCCCUUCAAAAUUUCUUUUUAAAUUCGAUUAGCACAUCAAAAAUUACUGAAAUUAAAUCUUAACGAAGAACUAAUGUUUUUAUUUUGCACCGGUUACGAAGAAUUUAAAUUUUCGGCUCUCAAGAAAAAUCUGAGUCUACGUAAAUCUAAUUGCACUUCAUUAUGGUUUUGGCAGACUUCUUUAGCAAGCAAUGUUCCUUCUCUGCCCCCUGCGGGCUGAUUAUUGAAAUAGGGCGACAAAGCUCAAUCGACUCUAUGUUGUGUCGAUUGGGUUAGCGGAGAGCCAUUUUUUAACUUCUCGGACCCGACAUGACAAGACUAACUGUUUAUUUGAGGGGAUAAGACUAACGGCAUCGUUGCCGUCGUCGGUCGCGUAGUUAUCGAAUUUUUAAAUGUCUUUCAACCAAUCAAAACGCAGCACGGCCAAGCGAAUGACGUCAGUCCGCUAUUUUUAUUCAUCCGCUUAUUGAUGACGUAGAUUUGGUUGUAAACAACCCGUUGACCGCUGCCUUGGCUAAUAACACAUGGUUGAUCAUCGGAUCGAACGAUCGGAUACCCAGCAUUGCGCAAUGUGGACCAUACUAACGCGUUUGAAUUUGUUGGGACCGAUCUCAUAUAAAAAGUUGCACUUUUUCACUUCAAAAAUUAAUUUUUUACUGAAUCGUGCAAAAAUAAUUGGAGGUUAUUGAUCGACUAAGCCUUUGUUGGGUGCUCCAAAGGUGCCUGUAGCUUGUCGGCGCUACGUUUUCUUUUAGUCCAUGAAGCGAUAGGACAUAGAUUUAAAAAAUAGCGCUUACCACUCUGGUGGUCAAUGGUCGAUUGCGCGAUACAACAAAGUGGCGACAUAGAGUCGAUUUCAUUUCAAUAAUCGCCCCGCUGUUAUUCAAAGUGAUAAUAAGGUGCAACAGCUGAGUUGAAGAGCUAAGAUUGAAGUUGCCAUAUUUUUCAUACCACAGAGACUGUUAUGUUAAUGUUUAGGUUGCGACUCAACUCAAGUAGAUAGCGGUUUUUUUUCAUGAGUGGGAAGUUUGAAUUUAUGCAUCUUAAUAUCUUGGUUAGGAGUAAAUUUAUUAAUUUUUGUUGCAAAAAUCCUGAUCUGAAAAAACAUGUUUCAUAAUGCUGAACUUUGCACUUUUUCUAGUGGUCCAUUAUGAAGCAUAACAAUAUUUGAAUCAAAACGACAUUUGAUGCAAGUGAAUUAUCGUUCCUCGAUGAGCUAGACCCGAAUUUAGUUAGCAGAGUUGUGGUCGACCGUGAGUUGAGGCAAGGAUGCUGACUUUGUUGUUUGGUAAAUAAUUGAUGGUUUGCACUGUUGAGGAACGAAGGAUGGCUCGAUCCUGCUGUAAAAAAAGCUCAACUCGCGGACAGCUUGGGUUUAGAAUAUAAUUUUUGCAACUUAAAGUCGAAUUUAGAGGUUAAACUUCUUAACAUGCAGUCUUGCAGUCAACUAUAAACCAACAAGAUUUAGGUCCUAGAUAUUUAAAACAGACUUUUAAAAUAUCAAUAUGUUAUUUAAAAGAUUAUUUGUGAAUUUUUCAUGAGGAAUUAGUCAACGUGGAUCACUUUUAUAUUCAGAUCCUGGCUACUGGUCUGUUGGGCGAAUGAAGUAGAUGUUUAGAGAAAGUUUUUAAGGUCAAUGAAAAAAAAAAUAGGAAAUCUCCUCUUGAAAAAUUUUGCAAUUCAUCCAUCCAAUGCAUUUUUACAACUGUCUCUCUUUUAUAUUCAUUUCUAAAUUUUUUUUCUUAAAAAUAAGUGGAUAACUUGUUACAAAGACUCUCAUAUCAAUCUUUGUGAAUCGAGGUCGAUCUGAUUUAAUUCAUUUGCAUAAGAAACUGCCUUUACUCUAGAAUGAAAAAAAGCCUCUUGACCUGAAAAACCACCUCAGCUGAACAAAAUCCGAAUAGAAAACAAAACACCUCACUGUUUUUCAUAAAAAUUACACGCUAAACACAAUAUAGGUAAUUAAAUUUUAAAAAAUCAAUCCUUCACCAAAGUACAUGUUUCAGUCGAUUCAAUGUGUAAUCUAUAGAAGAUCAAGGCAUCCCAAAUAGAAAUGAAAGUGUGAGACUAAUCAAUUAUUUAGGCCAAACUAAAACUUUCUUCUGUAGCGAAUUUUCCUUUGAGCCAUUCUAAAAGGAGAUAAGUUUUAUACGAAAGAAAUCAAUUUUUUCAAAAUUUAGCCAUGGAUACCAACCGAAUAAAAUGAAUUCAGUCCACUAGUGUAUUUUUCUGCAAAUGGUCCAUACUUGGCUGGAAAAAAAAGAAAAAACUGAGGACAAGGAGAAUUUUACGGCUUUCUAGAACUUUGAAACCUCUCCUUUAACUGGUGUCCUUUGUUAAACCUCCUUCUGAGCGCCAAUUUCAAGUCAUUCGGCUGAUAACUGAUGUUGCAUUUCGACAAAAUUAAGUUUUCCUUACAAAACAUUAAAGGCCUUACCCCCUCUUAAAAUGGCUUGAAGGAAAAGAUGCUAUAGAACAAGAAAAGUUUUGUCCUAGGUGUAGGAAUGAAUUUUUGAUAUAUCUAUUUUGUAAUUUGAGGUACUCUGUAUGGGCAUUGUCUUUCAUUUUAUGUUGCAUUAGUGUUACCCCAAUUGUAAAUCUAUUAUUUUGAGUCAAUCUUGUCUCAUAUUGUUUUUUCGUGUACAUUUUUUUGAGGAAUUAGGUAUUGGCUUCAAUUCAGGCCUUGCUCACUUGCCUAUUCUCAAGACUGUGAGACAAAUGCGGAAGCCGGAAAACGAGCCUACAGCUGCAUCAAUUACUUCUACUGCUUAAUAUUCUCUAUUAAUUUGUCGUUCAAUGUAGCUGCAAUCUUUCAAUUACAUUGUUUACUUGCGAUCUUCUGCGAACCUGUAUUCUUCUUUUUAAGGUCAUUAAAAAUAACUAUUUUUGUUUAUA